AUGUGUGAUAUUGUUAAACAGUGCUAUAUGGUUAAUGAUAUGAGCACGAACAAUGUAAUAGAACAUAAGAGUUACCAAAGACACAGAGGAAAAAUGGGCCACCUUAUUCGAUUUGCCCAGGGAUUGGCUGAGUGUAAUGAUUCUCACAUCCCGAGGAACCCAAGGAAGGCCGGGGAACCCAAAGAAGUGCCCAGGAACCCAAAAAAUGACCGGGAACCCAAAAGUGACCGGGGAACCCCAAAGUUUUUGACGGGGAACCCAAGAAGUGACCAAACCCCCAAAAAAGUGACCAGGAACCCAAAAGAAGUGACUGGGGAACCCAAGGGAAAUAAAACCGAGGAACCCAGGAAGUGCCGAGCCCCAAAGGAAGUGACGGGAAAACCCAAAAGUGACCGGGAACCCAAAGAAUUUGACCGGGGAAACCGGGAAUGCCGAGGAACCCCGGGGAUGACGGGGAACCCCAAGGAAGUGCCGGGGAAACCCAAAAGAAGUACCGGGGAACCCAAGGAAGUGACCGGGGAAAACCCAGGGAAAGUGCCCGAGGAACCCAAAAAAAUGCCCGAGGCCCCCAAAGAAGUGACCGAGGAACCCAAAAAAGUGACCGAGAACCCAAGGAAGGGACUGAGGAACCCAAGGGAAUGCCGGGAACCCAAGGGUGACCGAAAAAACCCAAAAAGUGACGGGAACCCAAGGAAGUGCCCGAGGAACCCAUGGAAUGACCGGGAAACCCAAGAAUGA